AUGAUGAAUGAAAUUCCUGUUGCACAACCGAUCCCACAACAACUUUUACACAUAGAAAAUAUGAGUGCUAGUUCUUCUGUAUUAACUCCUUCUUCUUUUUCAUUAAAAAUUGAUCAAUUUGUUCCUAAUCAACAAAAGUCUUUUUUACAAGGAGCAUGUCCGCCUCCAAGUGGUGUUCCAAUACCUUUUGAUUCUGUUGAUUUUGAACACUUUCAUGCAGAUUUUUCAUCGCCAAAUUGUCCUGAUGAAAACCAGUUAAGUGAAGGAAGUGAAGAAGAUACUUUUGAUUAUAAAUUAUAA